CUCUCUCUCACACACACACACACACACACACCCCACAUCACAACCACGACGGGUUGUCCGCAGCUCGCAGCCACCCCAAAGGGAAGAAGAAAGAACAGGAGCAGAGGGAAGCCGGGCACAGAAAGAAGGGAAAAGGAAGAGCUCAGGGUUGGACAUUUUUGGAGACAGGGGUGGGGAGGAGAAAGGGAGCAUGCCUCCUUGAUUUUCCCCUCCCCACCCCUCUUUGCUUUUCUCUCCCCUUCCCUGUAUAGCAUAUUCCAGAAACGGCAGCAGAAGGGGACAGAAACCUCUAGUGUAGAAAAGGGUUUUGGAGGGGUGGCCAGCGCUCCCGCCAGCCGCUACCUAACAGCUGGAGCUUGAGUGUGAGUGUAAGAGUGUGAAUGCGGCUCUCUCUCUCUCUCUUUUUCUCUCUCUCUCCCUUCUCUCUCCAUCCCUUCCUUCCUCCCUCCUUCUCCCUUUCCUUCACACUACAGUGUCAGCUACCCCUGUCAGUUUCCCCGUGUCAGUUCCUUCCCUAGCUCUUAUUGUGUGUGGCUGGCUGCGUGAAGGGAGUGGGUGCGCUUGAAGGGGCUCAGGUUGGGUUAGAGAGCUGGGAGAACAGGGCAGGGACAUUGGUAGAGCAAAGAGUUUCGGGGCACUGGCGAAGGUGAAAGGUGAGGAGGGCCGAUCUCUUACAGGGAAGUUUGGGAAUAACUGAGCAUCCAAAGGGGAAGCCAAGGUAGGAGCCAGUACUUGCGCUCGUCUUUACACCCCGCCCCUUUCCCUGUGCUUAUCCGCCCACCCACCCGUCAGCCUAGAGGCCCCGGGCUGUCCCAGUCGGCUGCUGUUUGCGCGCCGCAAAAGAGGAGUCCGGCAAGACACCGCAACACGCAUCCUGGCCCGCGGACACCCAGACGACACAGAUCUGAUCCGAAGAAACCACUUGGCUCAGGCUUUCUAAAUUGCUAUGAACCAUGGCCCAGCUGUACUACAAAAAGGUCAACUACUCACCGUACAGAGACCGCAUACCCCUGCAAAUUGUGAGGGCUGAGACAGAGCUCUCUGCGGAGGAGAAGGCCUUCCUCAAUGCUGUGGAGAAGGGGGACUAUGCCACCGUGAAGCAGGCCCUUCAGGAGGCUGAGAUCUACUAUAAUGUCAACAUCAACUGCAUGGACCCCCUGGGCCGGAGUGCCCUGCUCAUUGCCAUUGAGAACGAGAACCUGGAGAUCAUGGAGCUACUGCUGAACCACAGUGUGUAUGUGGGUGAUGCAUUGCUCUAUGCCAUACGCAAGGAAGUGGUGGGCGCUGUGGAGCUUCUGCUCAGCUACAGGCGGCCCAGUGGAGAGAAGCAGGUCCCCACUCUGAUGAUGGACACACAGUUCUCUGAGUUCACACCGGACAUCACUCCCAUCAUGCUGGCUGCCCACACCAACAACUACGAAAUCAUCAAAUUGCUUGUCCAAAAACGGGUCACUAUCCCACGGCCCCACCAGAUCCGCUGCAACUGUGUGGAGUGUGUGUCUAGUUCAGAGGUAGACAGUCUGCGCCACUCUCGCUCUCGACUGAACAUCUAUAAGGCUUUGGCAAGCCCCUCACUCAUUGCCUUAUCAAGUGAGGACCCCAUCCUAACUGCCUUCCGCCUGGGCUGGGAGCUCAAGGAGCUCAGCAAGGUGGAGAACGAGUUCAAGGCCGAGUAUGAGGAGCUCUCUCAGCAGUGCAAGCUCUUUGCCAAAGACCUGCUGGACCAAGCUCGGAGCUCCAGGGAACUGGAGAUCAUCCUCAAUCAUCGAGAUGACCACAGUGAAGAGCUUGACCCUCAGAAGUACCAUGACCUGGCCAAGUUAAAGGUGGCAAUCAAAUACCACCAGAAAGAGUUUGUUGCUCAGCCCAACUGCCAACAGUUACUUGCCACCCUGUGGUAUGACGGCUUCCCUGGAUGGCGGCGGAAACACUGGGUAGUCAAGCUUCUAACCUGCAUGACCAUUGGGUUCCUGUUUCCCAUGCUGUCUAUAGCCUACCUGAUCUCACCCAGGAGCAACCUUGGGCUGUUCAUCAAGAAACCCUUUAUCAAGUUUAUCUGCCACACAGCAUCCUAUUUGACCUUCCUCUUUAUGCUUCUCCUGGCUUCUCAGCACAUUGUCAGGACAGACCUUCAUGUACAGGGGCCUCCCCCAACUGUCGUGGAAUGGAUGAUAUUGCCUUGGGUUCUAGGUUUCAUUUGGGGUGAGAUUAAGGAAAUGUGGGAUGGUGGAUUUACUGAAUACAUCCAUGACUGGUGGAACCUGAUGGAUUUUGCAAUGAACUCUCUCUACCUGGCAACUAUUUCCUUGAAGAUUGUGGCCUAUGUCAAGUAUAAUGGUUCUCGUCCAAGGGAGGAAUGGGAAAUGUGGCACCCGACUCUGAUUGCAGAAGCACUCUUCGCGAUUUCCAACAUUUUAAGUUCGUUGCGUCUCAUAUCCCUGUUCACAGCCAACUCCCACUUAGGACCUCUGCAGAUCUCUUUGGGACGCAUGCUGCUUGAUAUCCUCAAAUUCCUCUUUAUCUACUGCCUGGUACUACUAGCUUUUGCCAAUGGACUGAAUCAGCUUUACUUCUAUUAUGAAACCAGAGCUAUCGACGAGCCUAACAACUGCAAGGGGAUCCGAUGUGAGAAACAGAACAAUGCCUUCUCCACGCUCUUUGAGACUCUUCAAUCACUCUUCUGGUCUGUAUUUGGCCUUUUAAAUCUAUAUGUCACCAAUGUGAAAGCCAGACACGAAUUCACCGAGUUUGUAGGAGCUACCAUGUUUGGAACAUACAACGUCAUCUCCCUGGUAGUGCUGCUGAACAUGCUGAUUGCUAUGAUGAACAACUCCUAUCAGCUUAUUGCCGAUCAUGCUGAUAUCGAGUGGAAGUUUGCAAGGACAAAGCUCUGGAUGAGUUACUUUGAUGAAGGUGGCACCUUGCCACCUCCUUUCAACAUCAUCCCCAGCCCCAAGUCAUUUCUAUACCUUGGUAACUGGUUCAACAACACCUUCUGCCCCAAAAGAGACCCUGAUGGUAGACGGAGAAGGCGCAACUUGAGAAGCUUCACAGAACGCAAUGCUGACAGCCUGAUACAAAAUCAACAUUAUCAGGAAGUUAUCAGGAAUUUAGUCAAAAGAUAUGUGGCUGCUAUGAUAAGAAAUUCCAAAACAAAUGAGGGGCUAACAGAAGAAAAUUUUAAGGAAUUAAAGCAAGACAUCUCCAGCUUUCGGUAUGAAGUGCUUGACCUCUUGGGAAAUAGAAAACACCCAAGGAGAAGCUUUUCCACUAGCAGCACUGAACUCUCUCAGAGAGAUGAUACUAAUGAUGGCAGUGGUGGGGCUCGAGCCAAAUCCAAGAGUGUCUCUUUUAAUUUAGGCUGCAAGAAAAAGGCUUGCCAUGGGCCACCUCUCAUCAGAACCAUGCCAAGGUCCAGUGGUGCCCAAGGAAAGUCAAAAGCUGAGUCAUCAAGCAAACGCUCCUUCAUGGGUCCUUCUCUCAAGAAACUGGGUCUCCUGUUCUCCAAAUUUAAUGGUCAUAUGUCUGAACCCAGUUCAGAGCCAAUGUACACAAUUUCUGAUGGAAUUGUUCAGCAGCACUGUAUGUGGCAGGACAUCAGAUAUUCUCAGAUGGAGAAAGGGAAAGCAGAGGCCUGUUCUGAAAGUGAAAUUAACCUCAGUGAGGUAGAAUUAGGUGAAGUCCAGGGCGCUGCUCAGAGCAGUGAAUGCCCUCUAGCCUGUUCCAGCUCUCUUCACUGUGCAUCCAGCAUCUGCUCCUCAAAUUCUAAACUUUUAGACUCCUCAGAGGAUGUAUUUGAAACUUGGGGAGAGGCUUGUGACUUGCUCAUGCACAAAUGGGGUGAUGGACAGGAAGAACAAGUUACAACUCGCCUCUAAGUCAAGCCCUAAUCAUCUGUUUUGGAACUCAACAGAAAUUUGUAAUUUCCUUGCUCUCAGAGGUGACACAGAAUAUGAUUCCCUCACUGCCCCUGCCCCCAAGAAAGGAGAGUGAAACUCCUAUUAUUUGCAUCAUCUUUUAUAGCCACAUUCUCCAUUUUUGUUCUUGUUUUAUUAUUACUUUCAUUAUUAUUUGCCUUUUUAAUACCUGUACACACUAAGUCCAUAUUACAACCAACUGAAGGGGUGUUGCACCUAAUCAGUAGAGGUGCAGUUGGGUGCUUAACCCUUUUGCUUUGCUUUUCUUACCCAUGCUUCCUUGAAGCCCCAGGUGCCACUUUGCUACUCUUGCUGCUACACAGAUUCCUGACCAUCCUCAGGAUCUCAUGCCAUCUUCCCACAGAGCUGAGGGAUGUGGUCAGCAGUCCCCACCAGCUAUCAGAUAAGGCAAACUACCCUGCCCAUCUUUGUUGCCAUUCAGUGCUACACGCUGCCCAUGCUGGGUCAAUGAACAGCAUCAAAGGGAGGCUGAAGAGAUUCCAAAGAAUUGUCAGCUUGUGGUUUCUAGGUAUAAGUGGCUUGUUUCGUUCUUAAAUACUACAACUUCUUAUUGUGAGGGCUGUUGAAUUUUCUUGUUUCUUAAAGAUGUGUUAGUUUCCUAAUGUGUGCCAAUGAAAUAUUUACCCGAUAGUGUAUGUCAUAUCUAAUAAGUUAGGUGAAUUAUUUUUCUGUGUUUGUGUGUUUCAGUUAACUUACUACAUUUUAAAAUUUGAUAGUAUCAAAAUUAGUAUUUAGAAUUUGUGCUGUUUUUUAAAAACGUCUACUACACUCUAACCAAUAGUCACCACAUCUCAUACAUUGGCAAGAUAAAUAGUUGUCAUGUUUGUCGGGUCCUACUCUACUGUUGAUAGUUUUAAUUAUCAUAGCUAUCAAAGAAUUUCUAAGAUAAAAGCCUGAAUUUGAAAUAUUUUUAUCAGAAAAAAAUGGCAUAUUGCUGAAGUGUCAAAAUAUGAGAAAAGAGCAUCUUCAUUUUAAUUAAUUGCUUUAUAAAAACGGCAAUUCUAGGUAUAGAUAACCUAAUUCAGGUUGCAGUUUUAAUAUUCAUUGGGGGCAGUGGAAUUUGCAUGUGUAAAUUAUGUUAGAUAUAUAACAUAACAACCCUAGUGGAUUCAUGGAAUUAUAAACGUGAUCCAAAUUCUACUGUCUUCCAAGGAAGCCACAUUUAUACAUCCAAACAAGUUCUUUUCCACAGCUUAAGAGUACCUCAUCAGAAUACAGUAGUUCAAGUUAAAAAAUAAAGUCCAUAAUGCAUAUGGUCAUCAUUUUAGACCUAAUAACCACUAAGAACCUGCUGAGCAAGGACGGUUUUUACCAACGUUAGCACAAAGGUUCCCUCAAUUUAGACUCUAACAUAUGACCUGAAACAACUCUAGGUCUGAGUCCUAGAGAUUAUAUUAAUAGUGUGUAGCCCAGAAAAGUAAAAUAGUUAGGUGUCACCCUGUUUUUUUUAAAUGUCCACCAAUAGGAAUCCAUUUAGAUUAAUAUAUGUAAACAUACAAGAGAAAUGAGGAAUUUUCACUCUGCAAAUAUGCCUCCAAACUAGCUUUUGAUAGUGUGGUUUCUGUUAUUUGAAUGGAUUCCCAUCUCUGUCUCUAGCCUGGAGAAGAGCAAAAUGGAGGGAGAGGGGCCAGAAAUAGGAGGAGGUUUUGAAGAAUAAAGCCUUGGAUCCAGGGAAAAGUGAUCAAGUGAAAACGCUGCGUCAAGACCCAUUUGGCAAGAGGUUGUCCAAAAAUAAUUCCUUGAUCAUAUCUGAAGUGGUUAUUUCCUCAAAUCAAUUUCUGCCCUGCUUCACUGAGACUAUCAUAAAUGGCCUUGACAUUUAAUAACAGGUUACUUUCCAGAAAGGUUUCUAAACUUACAGAUUCAGCUUUCCAAAUUGUCAAAUUCACUUUGAAUAAUAAUAGAACCUGGGCUACAUUCCUAACUCAUAUUAACAGCACCAAAAUAGCAUAUAACCCCAUUUUAUAAAAAGAAAAACAUGUUUUUCUCAGAAAUGUAUAUCACUUCUGAAAACUUAUGUAUAAGUGUUCUAGCAGUGACCUUAUCAACUUGUCAGAAAACAGGCUAGCCAGACAUGGAACUGUAUUCCAAAAGUCUUCUGUCACUUAUGUUCUAAAGAGAUAAUAUGUGUAAAUCAAUCUCUACUAUUGAAAGAACCAGUGUCAUAUGUCACAGGAGUACAUUCCUUUUCAGAUCUUCUCAGGGUUAUCGUUGUGACUUGGGCUUAGGACUUCACUAGCUAUAGUGAAGCCUCAUUUAGGAUGGGGGUUAAAGCUAAACAGCUAUUGCCCUAACUUCCAUGUUGGUGACACCAACAUUUUUAUUAACUCUAAUUCAGUACAAAGUAGGAAAGGAAAAAUAUUCUGUUCACUUCCUUACUCUCUUGAUCAAGUAUCAUAAAAGGUAUUUCAAGUGAAAAUGCUUAGGUGUAUCUGCUGACCCCAGAGGAGUUAUAAGCCAACUUGAGAGUACAUUUAUAAACAUAAAAAGUUAAGAACUAAAAGAGAACUUUAUAAAGGAUCUACUCUAUUCCAACCUCAUAUUCUACAAGUAGAAAAUAAAGAGGCCCAGAGAAGGACAAUGACUUGCUCAAGGUCACAGAGCUGGUCAAUAAACUCAAGCCUUCUAGAUUAUAGAAGACAUUUAUUAAUAAGCAUAUAUGUCAUAUAUAUAUGUGAACAUGAAGUGGCCACUACAGACACCCUUUUGUUCAUUUGCCAAAAAUGCUGCGAACUCCAAAAACUUCAGACUUACAUUUUUAAAUGUAAAGUUAAAAAUGUACUGCAAAGUCAAACACAAAUAAUACAAAAGUCAUUUACUACUUAUCUAAAAUAUCCAUAUCAUGGUCCACCUACAUUACAGUUGGCUUAUCACUUCCAGACACCUUGGAUUCAUUUAUUUGAUCUCAUAAAGUCACCCUAAUAAUAAAGGUAAAAAUUACAAAGAAAAUAUUUGAAUUCUAUUAGAAAGUGACCAUUAUUGAAGUAUCUCCACUUCCAGCUUUAAGUCCAGUGAAAUGCAAAGACAGAGGAAAGAUUCUAAAUUUAAAAUCAUGUUUGGAAAAUGCCAAACUUAACAGGGAUAUAAAUGCUUCAAGUUAUGCUUCUGUCUACUUACAUGGAGAUAUUAAAAAAUUCCCUGUUCUGCCUCCAUCAUUUUUCAUUCCACCGUGACCUAACUUAGGCUAUUUCAGCUAAGUCAUAAAUACCUGUCUGCAAUUUGAUUAGAUAAUUUUUUAAAAACGAACACCUCCACUUUUCAAAUGACUUAAUACCUUUUCCAAAAAGAACUUUAUAGUUCUUAUGGUAGUGCAAACCUCCUCUGAAAACUUCAGUGGGAACUUCAGAGAUAAUAAUGAGGCCAUACCUUAGCCUGAAAAUACAAAUAACCACUGGCAUUCACGUUGCAUCGUGGGUGAAACUCGAGUGGUGUUUUGCCUAAUAGUUUUAGUACUCCAGACCUUGGUUUGUUAAAUCAUCGGGUAAAAAGUACUUGAAGAUAGGCAGCAAAUCCUUUGUUUAAAAGUACCUAAGAAAAAAUGAGGCUGGGCAUGGUGGCCCACUCCUGUAAUCCUAGCACCUUGGGAGGCCAAAGUGGGCGGUUCACU